AUGCCGACCGCAACAGCCCGCGUCGGUGACACCGUCAUCGCCUCCUCCUCGACCUACCACACCGUCGAAGGGAACGUGUAUUUCCCGCCGUCGUCGCUCUCCGUGCCCGUGGCCACGUCGGCCACGCACUCGACCUGUCCCUGGAAAGGGCGGGCCAGUUACUACGACGUCACGGUGGGGGGACAGACGAUCAGGGACGCCGCGUGGUAUUAUCCCGCGCCGAAGGACAAGGCCGCGCAUAUCAAGGAUCAUAUCGCGUUUUAUACGAACAAGGUCAACGUCUCCGUGGCUUGA